CUACAUAAACCCACCCUUCUCCUCUAGGUUAUGUAAUAAUGCAGCUUAAACACAGUGUUUGUGCACAGAGUGACAUACGUCUUUAAUCUGCGUCCUUACAAGACACUACUCAUGGCUAUGAAGCUCUUCCUGCUACUUCUCCUGUGUUCUCUUUUUUCAGCAUCAGCUACCUGCCCACCCUGUGCCAAAGAUCAAGUCUGCAACAACAUCACUAACAGCUGUGACUGUAAUACAUCUAUGUACACUGAAUCAGCUAUCCCUCCAAAACUGUUUAUUGACUGCCUUGGUGGUGAUAUAAACAUAUAUAUAAAAAAGUGCCAACUGGAGAAAAAUCAGUACGGAACUGAUAACUUACACCUGAAUAACAUUUCCUGUCUUGGUUCAGAAGAAAUACUGAAUGACGUUUCUUAUAUGGCUUUUCUUCAUUUGACAAAGAAUGGAAAGUGCGGCAACAAACUAAUGGUCAAUAGCAGUCAUUUGACUUAUUCCAAUACUCUAUUCAUUACGGCCCAGAGUACAUCAAUUUUAGAAAGAAAUGACAUUGCAGUGAACGUUUCCUGUAGUUAUCCACUGAAUAUGAAUACUACAUCUAAUAUAUCCUUUAAACCAGUUCUUGGGACAACACAGUUACUUAUCCCUGGCUCAAAUGAUGUAAUGACUGUAACCAUGGCAAUAUAUAAAGACUCUUCAUUUACUGAUAUAAUCACCAGUGACACCUUGCUACUCUCAGAACAAUAUGUGUAUGUAUCAGUGUUGAUGCCACAACUGGAUACCUUUUCACUUAAAGUGUUUAAACUGUAUGCCUCAGUAAACCCAGAUAACACCGUUGGACCAAUCUACAAUCUGUUGGAGAAUGGGUGUCCAAAUCUUAGCUUGAGUGAUAACACAUUGAACCCCAUUCAGAAUGGCAUAGGCACAGAAGCAAGGUUUAAAAUGAAACUUAUGAUGUUCAAUGCAUUUAGCAGUUACUAUCUCUUUGCAGAAGUUACCAUCUGUAACAAAACUUGUAUACAGAACUGUGAAUUCAGAUCUGUGGAUGCCCUAAUACCGCAGGCAACAGCAACAGUCAGUGUACAUCUUGAAACAGAAAGCCACAUUGAUUCAGCUGAUUCUGGUACUUUCAGUUGUAUUUCCAGGCCUGGGACUCGAAUCCCAAUUCUGCUGUUUCUGACAAUGAUCAAUUUCCUAUAAAUAGUUUCCCAUCUCUCCUGCUAUACAUUAGCAUUAAAGAAUAUGCUUAUAUGGCUUGGUUUCUGCACACGUGGUUAGUAAUGUUGUGCUCUAUAGCAAAAGGCACGAGGAACACCUGCUCAGAAAAGGGGCUUUCUUGUACCUUGUAUCCCUUAGUACAGCUGGUGAAUUACAUUCAAGGUAGAAAACUUUAGAAAUAACCUUUCAAGAAUCUAUGUCUAGAUGUUAACCAUUGAAACAAACCAUACAGUUGAAAAUAAAAUGAAAAUAAACUGUUUAUAAAA